AUGGAGAAUGCGAUGGCUCGAGAUGGCGAUGAAGAGCUCUCUCUAUUCCUGGAGAUGCGGAGGCGCGAGAAGAUCGAAAGCGAUUCUUCUCUUCCAGAAACUGGACGAAACAGUGCUGAGAAGACUAGCACGAAGGGUUUAGCGCUCAAAACAACAAGCUGUGUUCAGCUGCGUAUGAGCGCAGUUGAAAAGUUCUUGGACUCUGAGAACGACAAAUCAGAUUACGAGUGGUUACUUGCGGCUCCUGAGACGCUAGGUGAGAAAGAAGGGCAAGAGAACUCCAUAGUUAAACUCAAGGAGCCUAAAGCUAGGUCCACUACUGCUCUAAAACCACGGGUCGCGAACAUCCCGCAAGAACCUGUGACACGGAGCGUCAAGGCUUCCAAGCCAACUCCAAGAUUGAAUUCUUCAUCUGCUCUUAGCAAACAAGCCAACACUGUUGCAGAACCAAGACCAAGCAGUAAACCUUCAAGACGAGCCACAUUACCUUCCACAAAACAAACCAACUCUGCUCGGAACUCAAUUCCAGAUAGUAAAAUCUCUUCAGUCAAAUCCAAUCCACGAGCAUCUCCUCUUAACCGUUCAACCUCGGUGGGAAAGUCAGCUCCUAGUUCCAAGUCUACAUCUUUAACAAUCCGUGAAAUACCGGCAAGACCUGUCUCAACCUCAAGAAGCAGAGCCUACAGUUCUCCUGACAGAUCAACCUCAAGAGGCAGAGUCUACAGUUCUGGUGACAGAUCAACGGGACGGUCCAAGAUUAGCGACGAUGUGAAUCCUGUGUUGAUGGGGACUCAAAUGGUGGAAAGAGUUGUGAACAUGAGGAAACUCCCACCUCCAAAACAGGACGAUAACGUGAGCUCAGGCUUUGGGAGAAAUCUUUCUAGGUCGUCUCUUGAUAUGGCCUUAAGGCACAUGAACAUAAGGAGUAGCAUCACAAGCUCUACGGACAAGAACAAGAACAAGAACGAGUCAUCGCCAUCCUCAUGA